AUGGGACUUUCAGGUACUAAACAUGUUCCCACUCCUAUAUAUCAAGCUCAAAAUCUUACUACAACUGAAUUUGACAAGUAUAUACCACCAGCUCAUGAAGAUUUGCUGCUGAAAGAUCCUACUAGUUAUCAGAAGUUCAUUGGAAGGUUAUUGUAUUUGACUACAACAAGGCCUGACAUUGCAUUUUCUGCAGCCUUGAGAUUAGUCAGAUAUGUGAAACAUGCACCAGGACUGGGAAUAUUGAUGUCUGCCACUGGGGAUGAUCUUUUAAGAGUAUACUGUGAUGCUGAUUGGGGAGCCUGUGUUAAUAGUAGAAGGUCAAUUACUGGUUAUCUUGUGCACUAUGGGAAUUCACCAAUUUCUUGGAGGUCUAAGAAGCAGGCUACUGUCUCUAGAAGUUCAACAGAAGCUAAGUACAGGGCAAUGGCUUCUUCAGUUGCAGAGGUGGUAUGGAUUACUGGAUUGUUUAAACAACUUGGUGUGGACAUAAAGAUGCCUGUAACUCUAUUUUCUGAUAGAAAAUCAGCCCUAUAG